AUGGCGACGACACGUUCCAUUUCUCGCUCCAUUCCUAGGCUCUUGACUCGAUCCUUCGCUUCCUCUACUCCCCUCUCCAAAACUCCGUCAUCCUCGUCUCUCCUCAGCCGUCACGUCCCCUCGCUGCCGCGUUGUCCUCCGUUCUCCGUGGUGGAUUUGUCUCUGUUAAAUUUCUUUCCUCGCACGCUACUGCGUCUUCUCUUAACGAUCAGAGUCCCAACUGGUCUAACAGGCCACCCAAGGAGACGAUCUUGCUCGAUGGGUGUGAUUUUGAGCAUUGGCUUGUGGUUGUGGAUGCACCAGCGUAAUCUUACUAGAGACGAGAUCAUCGACGGUUACAUCAAAACCCUAGCGCAGAUUGUUGGCAGUGAAGAAGAGGCGAGGAUGAAGAUUUACUCUGUUUCACAUAGGUGUUACUUUGCUUUUGGUGCACUUGUGUCUAAAGAUCUUUCUCACAAGCUCAAAGAGUUGCCUAAUGUGCUUUGGGUUCUUCCUGAUUAUUACCUUGAUGUGAAGAACAAAGAAUAUGGAGGGGAACCUUUCAUUGAUGGGAGAGCUGUUCCUUAUGAUACCAAGUACCACGAGGAAUGGAUAAGGAACAAUGAUAGCGCAAAUUACAAAAACAGGCGCAACCGAAGCCCUCCUCCUCAACGUCCUCCCAUGGGUGGCUCUGCACCUCCUCCACCUCACAUGGGGCAGAACUACGGCGGACCACCACCGCAGAACAACAUGGGAGGACAAAGGCCUCCACCGAACUAUGGAGGAGCACCACCGCAGAACAACAUGGGAGGAGGUCCACCAAAUGCAGGAUGGUCAGGUAACAACUACCAGCAGCAGAGUGGUGGAAUGCAGCAGCCACAGUACUAG